AUGUCUGCGGUGGUGUGCGGGGAAAAGAUCAUCUUUCUUCGAGGAUCAUACCCGACUCCAUCGUCGCGGUUUUUCGCACUCGAUCGUCUCAUCGCGCUGUUCCCUGACAUGGAUAAGCAGCUUCUUGAAAGAACUCUGAACGAAUGUGGUGAUGACAUUGAAACUGCAAUCAAAAGUCUUACCGAGCUACGUUUAGUUUCUGUUGAACAAGCUGCCUCUGCUGUUGGAAAGGAAUCCGAGUAUCAAAUUCAUCCCAAUGCUAAUGGCGUUACAAAUGGUGAAGCUGUUGUGGAGAAUUCAUCACCUCAAAAACCACCUGUAGAUGGUGCAGAUUGGGUUGAUCUUUUUGUGAGAGAAAUGGUGAGUGCUUCCAACAUUGAUGAUGCUCGAAUUCGUGCUUCAAGAGCUCUUGAAUUGUUGGAGAAAUCUAUAUGUGAACGUGUUACAUCUGAGGCUCAUGGUCUUCAACAGGAAAAUAUGAUGAUGAAGGAACAACUUCAAGCCCUAAUUCAAGAAAACUCUCUGUUGAAAAGAGCUGUUGCAAUUCAACAUGAAAGACAAAAGGAAUUUGAAGAUAGGGGGCAAGAGUUGCAUAAUCUAAAGCAAAUGGUAUCUCAAUACCAAGAACAACUUAGAACUCUUGAGGUCAACAACUAUUCUUUGACCAUGCAUCUGAAGCAGGCUCAGCAAGGCAGCUCAAUUCCAGGGCGAUUUCACCCUGAUCUGAAGCAAGCCUCCGAUCGCAAACAGGAUUGUUGGCACUGUCAGCAAAGAAGAAGAACCAACGACUACCACCAUUUUCCCUUCUGUAUUCAUCUCUUUUCAACCCUCAAGCAGCUUCCAGUCGUUCUUCCUUAUUCCUCCAUCGAUCUUAGGUUCUGUAGGUGCCACCUCUGA